AUGGCCGGAGCGGCGGCGGGUCCGGCCGGGGUGGCGGCGAUGCUGCCGGCGCAGGAGGCGGCCAAGCUGUACCAGACCAACUACGUGCGCAACUCGCGGGCCAUCGGCGUGCUGUGGGCCAUCUUCACCAUCUGCUUCGCCAUCGUCAACGUGGUGUGCUUCUUCCAGCCCUACUGGAUCGGCGACGGCGUGGACACCCCGCAGGCGGGCUACUUCGGGCUCUUCCAGUUCUGCACCGAGCAGGGCGUCUCCCGCGAGAUCGCCUGCGCCGGCAGCUUCGCGGACUUCGCCGGCAUCCCCUCGGGGGCCUUCCAAGCCGCCUCCUUCUUCAUCGGCUUCUCCAUGGUGCUCAUCAUCGCCUGCAUCGUCUGCUUCAUCCUCUUCUUCUUCUGCAACACCGCCACCGUCUACAAGAUCUGUGCCUGGAUGCAGCUCACCUCCGCUGCCUGUCUUGUCCUGGGCUGUAUGAUUUAUCCUGACGGCUGGGAUGCAGAAGCGGUGAAAAAGAUGUGCGGGGAGAAGACAGACAAGUACACCCUGGGGGCUUGUUCAAUCCGCUGGGCGUACAUUCUGGCUAUCAUUGGAAUUCUGGAUGCCCUUAUCCUCUCCUUCCUGGCAUUCGUACUUGGCAAUAGACAAGACGGCUUACUAGCAGAGGAACUCAAGCUGGAAAGCAAAGAUGAUGGGAAUGCUUAAAACAAGCAAAGGUAGUGUGAAUUUGACAAAUUUCUGCUAAGCCAGUCCUCACUAGAAUGAGCACAAAACAAAACCGAGUGACAGCUUUUGUACAUCAACAUUAAACCGGAAGAAGCUUGGGAAGCCUGUGAUGAAGAAGACUGUUGACAAGUGUAAAAAUGUCUGAUUGCCAAGAGCUGCCUUCUAAACAUAGAUCAGCCAGACAUGCAAGUGGUUCUCUGGAGGGAGAUUCAAUCAUGGAUUUACCCACCAGCUCAUUAGAAACUGCCGCUGAAUGCAACGUUCAGAAGGCGUGCAUGAAAAGUCACAUAAGGGGGAUAACUUUCAAAGGGGGUGUAGUUGUCACUAGAGAAACAUAUUAAUAUUCAUGCAUCAAUGAGGUUUGUACGCUCUUUUUAUUACUUGACUGAAAAGCGGAAUGCUUAAAAGCAAAAA